UGCCAGUCACCGUUACCGUAUCCCUCCUUUCAUGCCACGUCUUCACUCUCGACAAACCACCCACAGUCGACACCUGUCCGUCUGAAGACUCAUCUGCCUGCAGCGCGCUUGCAAAGAAGGAGUAAUUGACGUGGCGUCUCUUAUAGCCCGACGAAAUCCCCUUCGCGUGGCAUCUCCGUCGCAACAGCGUCAACCCGUGCUCCUCAGAACUGAUCCAAUCCAGCUCUACACCUUUUGUGUAUCCUCCAUCAAUCAAGAUAUGGCUUCAUUCCUCGAAGAGCUUUGGAACUCCAUCUUCACGCCCGGUCCGACGCCUACCCUUUUGGUUGCCACGAAUGCCGCCUUCGCCGCCCUUCAGCUCCUACUCCUGAUCCUCCUCCUUGCGACCUACUCCAUUCACUUCCUCGUGCUGUCUGUGCUCUGCGGUGGACUCUGGUACUCGAUCAACUGGUUCGCUACUGAAAUUGCGAAAGCACAACAAGCGGACAGAACCCAGGAAAAGAGGUCGAAGAGCCCGGAGACCGAAAACGCUAGCGAUACAGAGACCGAAGGCCCUCCGCCGGCCGCACCGAGCGAGCCUCCGUCAGCCAAGACGACCUCGGCGCAACCAGUCCAAGGGCAGAGGCAUGAGAGGCCGAAUCAGACAUCUGCGACCCUUCUUGACCCAAAAGUGACAGACAACACAGAAGCAGUUAGACGCCGACGAAGCCUUGGUGAGAGCUCCGGAUAUAUCAGCACUGACAGUGAGUGGGAGAAGGUUUCAGAAGGAGAAGAAAAAGGGAAAUGAAUGAAAGGGAGACCAUCGCUACCUGUCCACAUUACCACGAAUGAUAAACAAUUGCAAAUCUGUUUGCGAAUGCUGAUACGCAAUCCGGGCACUCAGCGAGCCGGAAAUCGCCUGCUGGCCAUGGCACCAUUGGCAUUGAAGCCUCCGUGUCGCGCAAUGAAUGAGUCUUGUGUGUCUCGAUGAAUGAAGACUACUAUAUAUCCCAAAGAUACCCCUACUGAACAAAUGAUAUGCUUUCGAAAUAACAAUUGGCCAGGUCCCACG